UGGUCGUCGCCUUACCUUCGCGGUGCUCUCUCUCGGGGCUCUCAGUGUAACCUGGACCAACCAGCAGGUGCUGAAGGAGAGCGGCCCCAACUACGCUAAGACACAAGGAACUCGUAGUUGUACAAGAUGAGAGGACGGUACAAGCGAAAGCACCAGAAAGAACGGUAUGAUGACAGGGCCGACUACGGGGAGGGGCUCUCCCCUUUGCCAGGGGAAGCUACGGCGGGCUGCACACCUGUUCCCGGGCUUACGGUCCAGGAUGCGGCCAGCAGCGGCACCAAAAAAGGUGCAAGAUGCCCCAUCUACAAUAGCGAGAAGGUCUACCUCGGAGUCCGUGUCAAAAUGCCAGUGAGGGAUCUUCUGAAAAACAUCCGCAUAGCCCAGGGCUUGGAACCUGGAGAGUUUCAGAAGAUCUACGGCAAAACUGUCAAAGGAGUUCAGAAACGAGUCAAAACUCGCACAGGACGCCAAAAUGCCAAGAGAAAAAACAUCACGAAGAGCCUGGAGGAGUUGGCAAUCAUCGUCGAGGUGCUGGAGGAGGAUCUUAGGACCAGCAACAACCACUCCCCUCCACAAUCUUACUCCCCCUCUGACUGUGCAGCGUCUCCUGAGUGGUCUCCAACUGGUGCAGGGUACAACAGUGAAGAGUACAAUGACAUGAUCCCCAGCCCCCAGUCCUACAUGACCUACUCACCGUGCACAGCAGAGUACUACCAGGCCCCGUCCCCUCCCUGCUCCAUGCACAACAGCCUCCAGCUUUCCAGCGUUGGAAGAGACGGGGGAAGAGGCGAGGAGUGGUUUGAUCCCCCGAGCCAUGGCUGGAACCUGAACAGCUCCGCUUACUUCUGGACACAGCUGCAGAAAGAGGAGAGCCAGCUGAGGGACGUCUCUGAUGCCGAGCUGCUCGCCGCCGACGAACACGGCAAGACAGCUCUCCAUAAAGUGGCGUGUGUGGGAAAGAGGGCACAGGGCUAUGCCAUCGCGAAAAGGAUUGCCACGCUCAACAGCCUGGACCUCAAAGACUCUGAUGGAAUGACUCCCCUCCUCCAUGCAGCAAAGCACAACCACCACCUGAUGGUAGCAGAUUUGAUCCGUUUGGGAGCCAAUGUCAACGAGACAAACAACUUGGGAAAGUCCUGCCUCCACCUCAGUGCUGAGAAAGGCUACAUCAGAGUGCUGGAGGUUCUAAAACACAGCAUGAUGGACGGCGUGUAUGUUGAUGUUGAAGCGACUGAGAAUUCUGGAAUGAGUGUCCUGCAGUGUGCUUCAGUGGCUCUGAAAGCCACAGUGAGGGAGCUGGAGAGCAGCAAGUCACCCACUUCGACCAGACUCCACACACUGCGCCAAGAGCAGAUGAUGGAGACCCUGGAGUGCCUGCUGCAGAUGGGCAGCUACGUUCAUACUAUGGGAAGCCAGAGUAUCCAGCCUACACUUGGAUGAGUACAGGGCACACCUGCCCGGCAUGGCUUUUUGGAGACCCGACAGUAAUGUUCUGAGUUGGCUUGAAUUUGAGAAAAGAAUCCCUGUAAUUGGGUAUCAGUUCAGGCCUGUAAUGUAAAGCAUCUGAGGUUUUGUGUGUGGUGUAAAUGCCUGACUUGCAAUCAGGUAUUUUUUUUUACCUGCACAAAAACAUUAGGUGCCCAUUGGUUGGUUUCUGUGAAACUUCCAUUGUUUGUUACAUUGGAGUAACAAAUUGUCCUCAGUUAGUGUGUCUGUGGAGAUCAACUUGUAAAGUCCUAUGAGAAUAGUUUUAAAUAUGGUAAGUCAUUUUUUAAAAGCCUGGUCUAUAAUACAAAACCCGCCAGCAGGGAGGGAAACGUGACCCGGAACAAAAGGUUCUAGGUUAUAUUGUGUUAUUAAGGCAGUGGUGCCACAGUUAGUUAAUUGAUGUACUAUUUCAAACAUUAUAAUUAGGCCACUAAAACUUUUUAAAAACAGGUUUUUUUUAGGUCUAAACAGUUGAUGUGCGAAUAUAGCUUAUUCUCAUGAGAACUAUUCUCAUUUACCCUCCCAGCCAUAGGAUUUACAUGUCAGAUCUUUUUAAAGACUUUUGUACUAGAGGACAUUCUAAGUUUUAGUAAGUGUUUUAUGGUGAUGGGGACUAAAUACAGCUUCAAUUGAUAGCCUUCACAUGUAAAAGCAGUCUUUAGUUUGCCGUUUUGGGGAGUUUUGGUUCUGUUUAUGCAUUACUUUUUAGCAUAAUGCAAGUUUUUGGACUUGUCUGCACAUGUGAACUAUACUGUGUGAAAUGUAAUGUGGUCUUUCUUUGACCUGUUUCAUGAAUUAUUAUGCUUAAAGGAAUACUUACUGAGAAAAAAUAUAUAAACAUACAUAAUUAUCAGUUUACUCAGUCUUUAGAGGAGUAUUCAGAAUGUGUUUAGCCCAGCUAGCUCAGCUCACUGUUAGUCAGAGAGGCCUUUCAACAACAACUAUCACAGCUUAGGCAGAGGUACACACUGUGUUAUCUAUAUUUAAUACACACAGAAAGUUUUCUACUUGAACGUCUCUGUGCUGCUGGUUAGCAAGCUGGCUAACAUAUUAAAAAACAUAAACAAGUCAGUUUAUGUUUUUCCUCUUGGCCUGUUCUUUAUGAUAAGCUAGGCUAAACAUGUCCUGGAUCAUCCCUAGUGACUCAAGAAGCUUCUGUUUCUCUGUUUUUUAAGAAAAACAAGUCUCAUUUGGGUUUAACUUAGCAGAGAUGCUAGUAUAAGGUUUAAGAAGUUAUCUGACGGCCAAGUCUUUAUGGUUUUGUUAUUAAAUAACACAUUUAGACACAGACAGGAGCAUGUUUUUAUUGAUCAAGAUCAUCAUUAUAUUGAAGUGAUGGAUGGUCACUAAGUGGUAGACCACAGCUAGUAUGAAACAUACUUUGAAUAAACCAUAGUGACAUAUAGCACUGUUGAUAUGAAUAUUGCUAAUCAAUAAGACAGAUUUAUUAACUGAUUAAAUACUAAAAAUAUGUCUUUCAUAUUCAUUUAUGUUAUCUUGCCACACAUAAUGUGGGAACGUUUUAUAAGGGGUGAAGUCAAAUCAGUACUAUUGUGAAAGUGGACUAUUCACAUGUGGAUGACUAAAAGUGCCAAAAUGAAAUAAAUAAAUGCAUAAUUAAAUAAUUAUGUUUUUUUUUUGUUUGUUUUUACAU